AUGCUAAAAAUAAUUGCUGCUAUUUCCCUAAUUGGAGCUAUUGCUUGCGCGAAAAUCGGGAUUAACGAUAUUGAUGUGGGUGCGUGCGAAGCUGGCAUCAGCAUGAACCAGAUGUGCCCUGGCGAUCUGCUAGUAAAAGGAGACUUCUGCUACGAACCGAAAUGCGUGGAAGCCGAAAUUAACAAACGCGCAGGACGGGUGGACGAAGAGCUGAAGAAGAAGAAGGAAAAACAACAAAAGGAAGAAGAGGACCGGAAACAGCAAGAAAAGGAGGCCGAGGCUGAGCGGAAGCGCAAGCAAAAGCCGGAGGAGGAAGAAAUUAAUCCGAAGACGCCCGUGAAAAAGGAGGAAGAGGAAAAGCCGAAGGUGAAGCCGCGCUGUGGGCGUGAGAGCAAUAUGUGCCGCCACUGGGUGAAGCAGGGCUUCUGCAAAAACGCCGCCUAUGCGGAAAGCAUCCGCGUGCAGCACUGCGGAAGGACCUGCGGACUCUGCCAA